AUGGUGACGCCUGGGGAGUGGUGGUCGGAGACGCUGAUGAGGCGAUCUGAGGAGGCCAUAUUAGUGGAGAAAAUUAGGAUUGAGCAGCAACGAUUGGGAGUGGCUGAGAGUGAUUGGGUUGGAAAUGAAAGAGAAAGGCAAGAAGAAGAGGAGGAGGAGGAAGGAGAAGCAGCAGCUAAGGAGGAGAUGGAGAAGGAAAGAGAGGACUUGACACUUGGCUUGGAUACUAAAAGCUCUAGGAGUCUUGAGCUACACUCGAACUAUGGUGCCUGCAACAACAUGCACUCUACAACUGCAGAAACCGUCGAGGAAGAUAGCUCAUCACCUGAUGCGAUGAUAGAUCGGAUGGAGCAGUUCACCUCCAUCAUGCAGCAAAAGUUUUUGUCAGGGGAGGAUCAUCAGCAUCUGGACUACUCUAAAAUUGACCAUGACGAGACCUUUGACGAUCAUUGGAUGAAAGAAGUAAUCAUGAUGCUGAAGAAAAAUACUUUGAUGAUGUCUGAGAAGAACAGCUGCUACACCUGUCUGGUGUCAUAUUUUCCUGUCUGGUGUCAUAUUUUCCUUAUAUUUUCAUUUUAUCAAGUCUGUAGAAUUCACUUGUUGUAUUUAUUUAGUUCUUGUUUGUUUUCAUAUCAUAUUAAACCUUUCUUGAUUGAUCUGAUCUGA